GUGACACACAAGCAAAGGAGCAAAAACACUACAGAACGAAAAGGAAUAAACGAGUAGAAGAAAAAGCAGAAUUAUUUUGUUUCAUAUGUUUAGAGGAAAAUUUGGAAAACUCCUACCUAAUAUCAUGCUGUUCUGUAUGCACAGCUUGUGUCCAUAAGAGAUGCUGGUACAGCUGGAGGAAAACACAAAAGUUAAGUUCCCUGCGGUCGAAAAUUUUGGGGCAGAAUAAGUUAGACCCAUUAUUAUGUACCAUUUGCAAAACGGGGACAGCCAAAAUAGAAGACGAGAAGGAUUUUAAUUGGAUCGCUAACAAUAACUCCAAUAAGGAGUAUUUGCAAGAUGAGUUAUUAAGAACGAUUGCAUCCAUUUUGAACAACGAAGGGAAUGACAACAGCAUCCCUAUUCUUCAUUUCAGAUAUAUUUUUUCCAUUAACUUAAUUUUUUUAAUCAUAACCAUUAUUGUGAUUAUUAUUUUUAUUGUCGUUUUUCACUUUACUGCCACGUACGUGCUGCUAAUUGCUCUCUUCGUACUCUACGAGAUUAUCGUUCUUCAGAUCGUUUUGUAUCUAUAUAUAAGGAUCAGAUAUAGCU